UUCGAAUAGUCCUGAUAUCGUUCGGUGCGACUUUUCAAAUUGACUUUUCAUUAAUUUAUCUGUGAAAUUAAUUACAUUUUUGUACCGCAACCGCGUCUAAAUGGCAUUGGGAACUGACAAAACGAGUGCAAAGCCAAAAACAACGGAGAACCAAGUGAAAAAUGACGUAAAAACGCAAGCGACAGCGGCAAAUGCUGCCGCAACACAACUCGAAACAAAUAGUGACAACAAAUGUGCGAAGAAAAAAGUGAACAACGGCAACAACAAGAAACCCAAACCAAAGUCUGAGCAACUAACAAACGGACACGUUCAAAAUGGUCACGCCACAAAGGAAGGCAGUUCGGAUUCGGAGACAGCGGAAAAUGCCACGGAAAACGUCGAAAAAACCGAAACAGACGAAGUCUUGGAAAUCCUCCAAGAUGUCGGUUUCAACGUGCAAAUUUUGAGUCCUGGCGUCGAACCGCUCACAAUUCAGGUUUCCAGCAUGGAGCUCGUGCAAGAAAUCCAUCAACUGCUCAUGGAUCGCGAAGAUACGUGUCAUCGCACGUGUUUCUCGUUGCAGCUAAACGGAGUAACGCUCGACAAUUUCGCCGAACUGAAAAAUAUCGAAGGAUUGAAGGAAGGUUCCGUCAUUAAAGUCGUCGAAGAGCCUUACACGAUGCGCGAAGCUCGAAUUCACGUGCGUCACGUUCGCGAUUUGCUAAAAUCUUUGGAUCCCGCCGACGCUUUCAACGGAGUCGAUUGCAGUAGCUUAAGUUUCUUGCACACAAUCACGCAAGGCGACAUUUUGGAGAAGAAAAAAAGUCGCCCGGAUAGCGUGGAUUGCACGCCGCCCGAAUUUAUCAUGCCGGGAGCGAAGGAACGUCCUUUGCAACCGCUUCAGCCAAAUUUGAAGAACCAAAAAGGACCGCAAGCGUUAAAAGUGUUGACGACAUCUGCGUGGAAUCCUCCCCCAGGACCCCGAAAACUCCAUGGCGACUUGAUGUAUUUGUAUGUCGUGACGGCGGAAGAUAAGCGUUAUCACAUUUCGGCGUGCCCACGUGGUUUUUACAUCAAUCAGUCGUCGGAUGAGGUUUUCAACCCGAAACCCGAUAGUCCGAGUCAUUUGUGCCAUUCACUGAUCGACCUUUUGUCGCAAGUCUCGCCAACUUUCCGUCGUGUCUUCUCGCAAAUGCAGAAAAAACGCACGCAACGUCACCCCUUUGAGCGGGUUGCGACUCCGUAUCAAAUUUAUACGUGGACUGCGCCGCAACUCGAACAUACUUUGGAUGCGAUUCGGGCGGAAGAUACGUUUUCGUCGAAAUUAGGAUAUGAGGAACAUAUUCCGGGACAAACAAGGGAUUGGAAUGAGGAGUUGCAAACAACGAGAGAGCUUCCGAGGAAAACUUUGCCUGAACGUCUUUUGAGGGAACGUGCAAUUUUUAAGGUUCACAGCGAUUUCGUCACUGCCGCAACUCGCGGCGCAAUGGCUGUCGUCGAUGGCAACGUAAUGGCCAUCAAUCCCGGCGAAGAUGCCAAAAUGCAAAUGUUCAUCUGGAACAACAUCUUUUUCUCCCUCGGCUUCGACGUUCGCGAUCACUACAAAGAUCUCGGAGGCGACGCAGCUGCUUUUGUCGCUCCUCGCAACGAUUUGCACGGCGUUCGCGUUUACAGCGCAAUCGACAUCGAAGGUUUAUACACCCUUGGGACUGUCGUGAUCGAUUAUCGCGGAUAUCGUGUCACAGCUCAGAGCAUUAUUCCGGGAAUUCUCGAACGCGAACAGGAACAAUCUGUCGUUUAUGGCUCGAUCGACUUUGGAAAAACGGUUUUAAGUCAUCCGAAGUAUUUGGAGUUGUUGAAUAAAGCUGGCGGUCAUUUGAGAAUUUUACCGCAUUCGGUUUUGAAUGACAAAGGAGAAAAUAUUGAACUUUGUUCGUCCGUGGAAUGCAAAGGAAUCAUCGGAAAUGACGGGCGUUACUACAUUUUGGAUUUAUUGCGGACUUUCCCGCCAGAUGUGAACUUUUUAGAGCUCGAGGGCGAAGAAAGAAGUGAAAUUAGCAAAGCAAAAGGCUUCCCAAUUGUCCAUAAACACAAAUUGAGUUGCUUGCGACAAGAAUUGCUCGAAGCUUUCAUCGAAGAUCGGUACAUGAUGUUCUUGCGGCAUGCAGCGUUCGGCUUGCAACGUUACAACGAGACGAAAAAAAGUCAAGAUGGCGACGCGAAAAAGCUCGAAGCCAUCGAGGAGGGCAAAGAAAAGGAAAGUAACAACAAUUUGGACGUCGAAAAGCAGGAAAAAGACGAAAAACCUUCGAGUGACAUCGAAAAAAAAAUUAUCGAUGCCAUGUCGAGCAAUUCUCAACACGCUGCUGACUCGAAAGAUAUCAUCAAGAAGGCAUGUCAUGUCGCCGGAUCAUUAAAAGAAGCCGAAUUUGACAUAAAAUUCAAUCCGGAUGUCUUUUCGCCCGGCAUUCGUCACGUCGAAAACGACGGGGAACCCAAUUCUCUCGCUCGCCAAAAGCAACUCGUCAAAGAUGCUGCCGAUUUCUUGCUUACCCAUCAAAUUCCGAUGCUCGUACAAGAACUUUCGGAUCAUUCGUCGGCUCCGAUGGAAGGCGCGACACUCGUCGAUGCGAUGCACACACGCGGAAUCAACGUUCGUUACUUGGGCGUCGUCGCCAAAGCCCUCGAGGAACGCAAAGAGCUCCGUUACUUGCACACAAUUGCCGUUAGCGAGCUAAUUUCUCGCGCUGCCAAACACAUUUUUGCCAUUUACAUGCAAAAUAACGACAUGAUGACGAUGGCGACGGCAAUCAGUCAUUUUUUGAACUGUUUCAUCACAUCGGGGCCUCUUGCGCCUCCCCCGCCAGGCAUUGAAGAGCUCCUCAAAACGAACAAACGUCGUUCCAACAAGAAAUCCAACGGCAAAAAUGGCAAAAAUUCCGAAACGCCCAAGGAUAGCAACAAAUCCGAGCAAAAUUGGACCUCGAUGACGCACAAAUCGCUGUGGCAACAAAUCAAAAAGGAAGCAAAAUCUUAUUGGAACUUUGAACUCUGUUGCGAUUCGAUCGAUUCGGCAGUCGAAAAGUACAGAAUCCAACGUGUCAGUUUACUGCGGUCGUUUGCACUCAAAAAUGGGGUGCAAAUUCAGUUGCGCGAAUAUAAUUUCGAGUCGAAGAAUAAACCCACCUUCAAUGAGGACGACAUUAUCAACGUUUUUCCCGUCGUGAAACACAUUAAUCCACGUGCCUCGGAUGCUUUCAACUUUUAUACCACGGGACAGAAUAAAAUUCAGCAGGGAUUCUUCAAAGAUGGCUACGAGUUAAUUAGCGAAGCACUGAAUUUGUUGAAUAAUGUCUAUGGAGCGAUGCAUCCGGAGAAUUCGCAAUGCUUGCGGAUGUUGGCGAGACUCAGUUAUAUCAUGGGCGAUGCGCAGGAAGCACUUGCCAUUCAGCAACGGGCGGUUUUGAUGAGUGAACGAGUGAAUGGUAUCGAUCAUCAGUAUACGAUUACGGAAUAUGCCCAUCUCGCUUUAUACUGCUUCGCCAAUGGACAAAUUACAACUGCCUUAAAACUUUUGUAUCGUGCACGGUAUUUGGCAACUAUCGUUUGUGGCGAGAAUCAUCCCGAAAUCGCUUUGAUGGAUAGCAACAUAGCUUUAAUUCUACACGCUGUCAGUGAAUACGAACUCGCUCUGCGUUUCUUGGAGCAUGCAUUAGAGUUAAAUAUCGAGUUUUAUGGCAAGAAAUCCAUGAAAGUCGGCUUGAGUUAUCAUUUAGUUGCGAGAACGCAAAGUUGCAUGGGCGAUUUCCGUUCCGCGUUGAAUAAUGAGAAGGAAACUUAUGGUAUUUAUAAGCAAUUGUUUGGGGAGAAACACGAAAAAACUCUCGAGUCGUCGGAGUGUUUGAGACACUUGACACAACAAGCCGUCGUUAUGCAGAAAAAGAUGAAUGACAUUUACUCAAACAACAAAUUGACACUUCCGCCAAUUCACAUUCAGCCGCCAUCGAUGGGUUCGGUGCUCGAUAUGCUGAACCAAAUUAAUGGAAUUAUUUUCGUACAAAUCAGUCCAAAGGAUAUUGUCAACUUAAAGAACGAAAUUGAACGUCGCGCAAAGGAAGGCGAAGGAAAUGCCGAAGACGAGUCCGCCACGAACACAUCAUCAAGUAAUACACAGGCUGUUGAUCAACAGGCUACCUCUUCUAGUUGAAACACCAAAAAUAUAAGAGAUGCUUAGCGCUUGCUCGCAAGUCAUUCACUUCGACUUGGAUCGCAAUUUAAAUCGUUCUUCCGAUCCCAUUGAAUGACAAGUCACGCAUCUUGCAAUAAAAAAAUAUAUUAUUACUGAAAUAUUAAUUUAGCGUUAAUAUUAAAAAAAAUACUUUUUAUCAAUUAUCGGUUGACAUAAUUUUUGAACAACUUAGGAGCUUUUCAUUUGAAAAAAUUAAUAAAUUCAGAGCUAGAACAAAAAAUAUCAAAAAAAUUAGAAAUGCAAUAAAAGGGUGCUUUAGAAAAAAAUAUCGCGAAAAUUAUCGGUCAAUUAAAAAAUCGAAAGAAACUCAAAAAUUGUCCCAUAUUGGGCACCAAAGGCAGCUUAAUUCAGAAAAAAAUAAAAAAAAUAUCAACCCUCAAGCAAGGAGUUUCUUCAAAAUAUGCAUAACAUGUUUUUACUAUAAAAAAAUUAUUAUUAUCAAAAAAAUUACAACAACAACUAUAUACAAUAAAAAUAAACUGUAGUGAUUAUAGGUAGAGAAUGAAAGAAAAAUAAAUCGUAGAGAGGAGAAUAAAAUAGUUACGCUCAAAUAAAAAUUAGUUUGUAGAUUUUUUUUGCCAUAUAAUUUUUUUUUCGUAGAUUUGUAAGUUACGAUAAAUAGGACACAUGAAUGAAUUGUUUCAACAUUUUUUAGUCGUUAAGAUUUUUUUUCUCUAAAAUGAUCACAAAUUUUUUAACGGGUCGAAAAAAAAAAUUACGGAAAAAAUUUAAAAAUGA